GAAGGCAAGGACGCUACAACCAUGCUGUGCUGUAUGAGAAGAACCAAACAGGUUGAAAAAAAUGAUGAGGACCAAAAGAUUGAACAAGAUGGCAUCAAACCCGAAGACAAAGCUCAUAAGGCCGCCACCAAAAUCCAGGCUAGCUUCCGUGGACACAUAACAAGGAAAAAGCUCAAAGGCGAGAAGAAGGGAGAUGCUGCUGAGGCCGAAGCGAAGGAGAAGAAGGAAGACACCCCCGUGGCUGAUGGCGUGGAGAAGAAAGAGGGAGAAGGCACAGCCACCACUGAUGGGACCCCGGCCACCGGCUCCAAGCCCGAUGACACCGGCAAGGCAGGAGACGCCGCUUCGGAGGAGAAGAAGGGAGAAGACACCUCCGACGCUGCUCCCGAGCAGGUGGCCCUGCAGGAUGCUGCGCCCUCCGAGGAGAAGAAGGCUGGCUCUGCGGAGACAGAAAGUGCCACUAAAGCUUCCACUGACAACUCGCCGUCCUCCAAGGCCGAAGAUGCCCCAGCCAAGGAGGAGCCAAAACAAGCCGAUGUGCCUGCUGCUGCCACCACCCCUGCUGCAGAGGAAGCUGCCGCCAAGGCGACAGCCCAGCCUCCAACGGAGACUGCGGAAAGCAGCCAAGCCGAAGAGAAGCUAGAAGCUGUAGAUGAAACCAAACCUAAGGAAAGUGCCCGGCAGGAUGAGGGUAAAGAAGAAGAACGUGAGGCUGACCAAGAACAUGCCUGAACUUUAAGAAAUGGCUUUCCACGUCCCCAACUACCCCUCUCCUGAAACCUGUCUCUCCUACCCUCUCUAACUCCACUCUAAAGUUCCCCUUCCUGUCCUGCUCACGUCUGUGAGUCUGUCCUCUUCCCCCACGAGCCCUCUUUUCUCUCUGUGUGGCAAACAUUUAAAAAAAAAAAAAGCAGGAAAGAUCCCAAGUCAAACAGUGUGGCUUAAACAUUUUGUUUCUUGGUGUUGUUAUGGCGAGUUUUGGUAAUGAUGAUCCAAUCGUUUUGGGAAAUUCUUGCACUGUAUCCCGGUUUUCUUUUUCUUUUUUUGAUCUGGUGCGUGUGGCCCUGUGGGAGUCCACUUUCCUAUCUAUCUCUCUCUGUUCCAAGUGUGUGUGCAAUGUUCCGUUCAGCUGAGGAGUCCAAAAUAUUGAGUGAAUUAAAAAACCAUUUUUGUUUCCUCCUUUUCAAUGUGAUGGAAUGAACAAAAAGGAAAAGAAAAAAAAGGCAAAAACCCAGUUUGUUUUAAAAAUAAAUAAAUAAAGCAAAUGUGCCAAUUAGCGUAAC